CGUAACGAGGAGUAGUAGUUGUCCAAAUUAGCUAAUUCCGAAAAAACAACAAAAACGAAAACAAAAUACAUUUUUUUGUAUAAUAAUUUCGAAUUUGUCUUUUCUCGUGUCGUGUGAGUGCCGCAGCAUUUUCACUGUGCCAGUUACGAGUUUUCCUGCAUGCUCUGCUCGUGUUCUGCAUACAAUUUUGCAUAAAAUCCAAUUGGAAAAUAAAAUCCAAUACAAAUUGUGUGAAGUUGUGCAAAUUUAUGCCAGAGUGUGUGUGUGUAAAUGCGAAACGGAAGCGCUAAAACCGCUGGGUGAAGUGAAAGGUGGUGUACACAUUGUUUACAUACAUACAUACAUUUAUGUGUUAGAGAUUCCUUUAAGUAGUGUCUUCUGUGUUUGUGCAAAUUGUAAAAACGAAUUAAAAAAAAAUCAAAAAAUCAGUGCAUUUUCAUAUGAAUAAUCUCUGAAACCACGUUGCGCUAAAUUUUACAUAGAAAAAAAUCGCAGAAAAAACGUGCGCGCGUGCUACAACAACAACACAAUCGCAUAAGCAUAAAAAGCCAAAAAAAGCUACAAACAACAAACGCUCGUCGCUCAGUUCGGGCGCGCAAAGCAUAACAACCGUAAUUCGUGUCGUCGUUUGGCGUAGUAAACACUGUGUGUGUGCGUGUUGUUGCAGCGCCUUAACCUUCAAGUGGGAAAAGUAAAGAUAACGUCCCAAAGCGACAAAGAAGUGCUAGAAACAACAAAAGAGAGCAAAUACUCCAACAACAAUAGUGGAAAAUAGGUUAAAAAGUGUGUAUGUGUGAUGUCAAUAAGUUGAAAAUAGAAUAAAAUCUAAAAAAUACUCAGAGAAAGGUAGUGCAAAAACGCAAACAUCGCUAAAGAGCUUUUAUAAUAAAAAAAACAGCAACAACAACAAAAUUAACAAUAAUUUCGAAACGCUCGACUGUGUAGAAUUUACCCUACCACAAUUCGUGUCAAAGUGUAUGUGUGUAGAGUUUCGUGAUAGAGCGGUAGAGAGAGAGAGCUUGAAACGAUCGCGUGAGCAUUUAAAAGUGUAGAGAAGGCACAAAGUAAACACCAGAUCAGACGGUAAAGGUGAAAGCGGAAAGUGAAAUUGAAAAAAAGUGAAUAACGAAUUCAAAGUAAAAAAAGCAGCUAAAUUAAACGUAUUUAAAAUAAAAAUUAAAAAAAUCGGCUUUCGUUGUGUGGUGAGCGGCAAAUUACGCAGUCCGUACACGAACGAACUAACAUACAAAUAACGAAAUUUUGUUGACUACCAAAAGCACCGCAAAGCACUUAACCGCAGCUAACUAUUUCAUCAGUAACAACAACAAGCACAGCAGCUGAUUUUCGAGUGUAUAGUGUAUAUAGUGAAAAUAGCAACUGAGAGAGCGAAUGAGUGACAGCAAAAAAAAGCCGGCUGGGGCGGGAAUAUACAAGUUUUUGAAGAUCACAGUUGAAAAAUAGACGGUGUAAGAGUUGAACGCGCGUUAAAUGUGGUGACGAAAGUCAAAGUGUAUUAUUCGAAAAUUCAAUACACAUUCGAACAACAGGUGUAGUGAUUUUUGUAGUGUGUAAACACAAGUGUUUGAAAUUUUGCGAAAAUUAACGAUUUUAAAGUUUCGAAAUUCAAAUUCGAAUUUUCGAAGUUCAAUUACGAAUUUUCGAAAAUCAAAAAACCACAUUUCCGGCAAAUUUCAGUUGUUUAUGUGCAAAUUAUAGCAACAUUAUUGAAAAAUAAAUCAAUACAACAACAACAAAAACCGCAACCGGUAGAGCGUAAUAGGUUUACAAUUGUGUGUCUGUGAGUUUGUGACCCGGUCUCUGUGGGUUUGUGUGCGCUUAAGUGUAUGAGUACGUUUGGAAGACGUUUACAAAAACACAAAUCAUGGUAGAUACCAACAACAAAGCAACGUUGGCGACAACAACUACAGCAACGACAACGGAAACAACCACUACAACAACAGCAAAUGUAAAGCAACAACGUCAAACUGUAGGUGUUGCAGCAACGUCGUCGACUCAACAGAAACAGCAAAAACCACAACAAAAACAGGAAAAAUUCGAACAACAACAAAAUAUUGCCACAAAGAAGAGCAACAAAGGCAAGAAUCAGAAAAAAAAUGACAAGCUGAGCAAUGAGCGAAUUGAUGACAAUUGUAACAACAAUAACAACAACACAAGCAACCUAAACAACAACAACAACACCAAACAGGAGCAACACAACAUUAAUGCUGGUGUUGACGAAAAGCAGCUUACCAACAACAACAAUACAUUAACAACAAAAUCAACUAAGACUGUAUCAAAAACAACAACAACAAACUCACCAAACAUUUCCGCUGCAAAUGCUGACAGCAAGCAGUCGGCGUUAGAGAUCGACAAAUGCAAUAGCGCUGUUGAUAAAGAAAAUACCAACACUGACAAUGCGUAUGAGAAUACGGUGAAAGAACGCCAGUUGCCAAGCAAAGUGACAACAAAUGGCAAGAACAACAAUAACAACAACAAUAGUGGUAAUAGUGGCAACAAUCGUUGCAAUAACAACAAAAAUGCUAAAACACUCAGCGCCAAGCAAAAGCCACAAGCUGAUGACAAACAAUCGGCUGUUAGCCAAAAUUCACGCACCAACAACAACAAAAGUCAAAAUGGCAAAGUGUUUACGAAUAGCAAAAACAACAAUAAGUCCAAUUGGAAGCGUGUUGAGAAGCGCAAUAGCAUCAUUUUCAGCACCAAUCAUCACUACAGCAACUACAAUAGCAAUGAUAACAGCAGCAACAACAACAAUAACAACAACACAAUUAAACCAAACAACAAAUAUCACAUAUCAAAUUCCAAUACACCGAGCAUUGUGACCGAUGAAGAUGAUGAUUAUCGCGAUAUAACCGAUACCGAAUCGGUGCGUUCCAACGAUUGGCCACGAAAAUACUCACGUCCAUACCAACAACAGCAACAAAAACAAAAACAUCAGCAAAAUGCUAAAAAACUUAGUGCUAGUGAUCUCUUGACCGCCGCUCUAAUGGUGCCCUGUGAAAAGUGCAACAAAGUGAAAGUACCAGUACCACCACAAGGCGCCAAUUCGAAUGUGUCCACAUAUUCGUCGAGUUCGCGUCAAUAUCGUAAAUCCAAAUCGUAUAUGGGUGAAGAGACAGGUGGCGGUAGUGGGCGUAAUUCUGUCGCAUCCAUCGAAAAUUGGCGUAAUCCUGGCAAUGGUAAAUCUAGUCGCUAUCAACGCUCAAUGAGCGAUCGUCGUUCAUCGUUUGAUCGCAUGUUUGCCGAACGCAAUAAGGAUUUCGUGCCAAUUGUGCAACCCACUCGUCCAAUGUUGGCAUCGUCCAAUAUCGAAUGUGUUCUUACAGAUACCGAAAAACUGGUGCUCAUCGAACGCCUGGGGAAAGGGCGUCAGACGUAUCCGUUAAUGCAGUGCGGGACCUUAGACGCACACUCCGAAACGUCAUAUCACUAUCAACAGCGUUCGAACAGAAUGGAUGUCUAUCAAAUUGACGACGGUUUCCACUCGGAUGGCGGCACUGAGACGCCACCACCCUCACCCAGUUCGGGUUCAUCGAUAGCCUCGGCCUCGGAUCAUGGCUCAUUGGAGAGUGUCGAUACGGGCGGUACACAACGUUUGGCUGUGCUCUCAUUCGAACAGGUGCGCAAAUUGCACGAUGUCAUGGACGAAAAGGUGGCCAUACAUGGACGUGGUAAUUUCCCCACACUUGAAGUGCCGCUCAAAGACCUAGUGAAUAUGGUACGUCGCAAAUUGGAGGCCGAUGUGAGUGUGGGCGGUGCCGGUGUGAUAGUCAAGGAUGUGCGCUUGAAUGGUGGCGCAGCUAGUCAUGUUUUAGCUUCCGAAGAUCAGCCAUACAAUGACUUGGACUUGAUCUAUGCCAUUGAAUUGACAUCGACACGUCAUUUCGAUCGUGUCAAAUCGGCCGUGCUCAAUACAUUGUUGGACCUCUUGCCCGAAGGUGUGUGCAAACGGCGCAUUAUGCCGUGCGCUCUUAAGGAGGCUUACGUCGGCAAGAUGGUUAAGGUGAAUAAUAAUAAUGAUGGUGAUCGUUGGUCACUGAUAUCGCUCGGCAAUUCGCCGGGUCACAAGAAUGUCGAGCUGAAAUUUGUCGACACGAUGCGACGUCAGUUCGAGUUCUCUGUGGAUUCGUUUCAAAUCGUUUUGGACUCACUGUUGCUCUUCUACGACUGUGCCGCUCUACCGAUAUCGGAGAAUUUCUAUCCGACUGUGGUCGGUGAGUCGGUGUACGGUGACUUUCAGGAGGCGCUCUAUCAUUUGCAAAAGAAAUUGAUCUCAACACGACAGCCGGAAGAGAUACGCGGUGGCGGUUUGCUCAAAUAUUGCAAUCUAUUGGUGCGCAAUUAUAAGCCAGUAGAUCCGCAACAUAUCAAGACGCUCGAACGUUAUAUGUGCUCACGUUUCUUCAUCGAUUUCCCCGAUAUCAAUACGCAGACCAAGAAACUGGAGGCGUACUUGUCCAAUCAUUUCUGGGGUGUCGACGAGGAGCCCCUACAAUAUCAGUACCUGAUGCAUUUACGCGAAGUAGUCGAAAUGUCAACGGUGUGCCUGAUGGGACACGAGCGGCGGCAGACCAUGUUGCUCAUACAGAAUUUGGCCACAAAUGUGUUGUACAAGGAGCAGAAGAAGCAACAGCAGGCGCAGGAGCAAUAUCAACAACAACAGCAGCAACAACAUCACCUUCAUCAUCAUCACCAGCACCAACAACAACAGCAACAGCAGCCAGUCGAUGUGCUAAACACACAACAGCAACAACAACAGCAGUCACAUCAACAACAAGUAACGCUGGUCACAGCACAGCAACAACAACAAUUGCAAGCGCCGCAAACACAGACAAUCUACUUGCAAGCGGCGCCGGCAACAACACCACAAACAACAACAGCGACCAUCUGCUGCACGACAGCCACCGGUGAACAGCAGCAACAACAAGUGCAGGUACAACAACAGCCACAACAAGUGCAGGCGAUACAGACGCACGCCACAGUGGCCCAGCCGACGACCACCAUACUGGUCUACAAUGGCGUCUACUAUGCACCUGUGAUUCCGGCUAUUUGCACAUGCAAUUCGACGUGGUUGAGCACGUGAUUGGCGAAUGAGCCGACGGCGACGGGGCAAACAGACGCAAUAACAACAACAACAGCAUGCGAAACAACAACAGAAGCAGCAACAACAGUAACAGCGACAACAAGCGCAGCAGCGGCAGCAGACACAGUAGGGGGUGCACAACCACAACAGCAGCAACAAGAAUUGCAA